AUGGGAAAGACACAUGCGGGGCGACGUUGCACGCCCUGGAAAAACGUAAGAACGUUAAAGAAUUGCGACGCGGAUUUGUUAUUUUGUCACGACUUGACCAAGAGUGUCCAGCACAAAUUCGUCUUCUUCGCACUCAACUUGCUAUGUGUGAGUAAGAAAUACGAAUUGGUGUUUAUAACGUACGGGCAGUAUAUCUACGUAUACGAAUUGAAAAACUUCCUGGAAAAUAACAUAAACAUUAACGUGGACGUAAACCCUAACCCUAACGUUGCUGUUGGCGUUGAGCCGAGAAAUGAAAAUGGCAGAGACAACGUUAUUGCCAAUUUCUACAAACAAGAAAUAAGCCAGAAUGACAGCAGCUUUAAAAACAUAAAUAAAAUAAAGUACGUCUACGAUGAAGUGAAAAAUGAUUUAAGUUUGAAAGCGAUGAACAUUCCUGCACCGACACUUAUCCUGUCCCCACACGUGUAUUCUAAAGGAUACGUAAAUAUCAAAUGUGAAGAAAGAGACAACUCAGAUAAGUCCCUUCUAAUAUCUGUUGGGUGGUCCGAAGAUACCAGUGUUUAUUAUGUACAGAAAAUUGUUGAAUGUAUUAAUAUAAAGAAGAAAUUAAAACAUAUUUUAGAACAAAGGUUAUUCGAUUUGAAGAGGUAUGACGACAAUGAGACGACGGAGGCCAUAUAUUUUAACGAUACACAUGUUCCUCCAUGUGUGGACUCAGUGUUUCCAACCUCGUUCAGGGACUCCUAUCGCCUCUUAAAUAAAUUAAAAAUUGAUGAACAUGAUUUUAUUCUAAGUUUAAUACACAACAAUCGGUAUGCAAAUGGAUAUUCCAAGGAACUCCUAGAAAUGUUUGAAUUGUCCAAAUGCAUCAACAAUUUUGAUCAUAUAAAAAAUAAAGCCAAACAGAGGAGAAGCGCCCGUAUGUACAGAAUGCAGUUGAAAAAUGAGAGCACAGUGCACAAAAGAAAAAAGCGACUUAAUGAUCGGGCCUUCAACCUUCACGUAACUUCUAAUCUAAAGAAACCCCUCUUAAAAACGAAGAAAAUAAAUGUCUGCAAAAACGGAUUUUAUAAAACAUGUCUAUUCGAAAGGGAGACCCGCGGAGUGGUAUCGGGAGCAGUGAUAGGAGGAGCAGGUGUAUGUCGCAAUGCUGGUGCCCUAACUGUGUACCAAAAAAACGCAUUCAAAAAAGGGCCGUAUAAAAUGAAAUACAUCUGUUUAUUGAGGUGUCCAAGGGACGAACCCAUGGGGAACCCCAAGAGCGAUAGUGCACAGAAUCCAAACACACGAAGUAACAUCAAUGGGAACAAGAAAAAAUUUAAAAUUAGCGAAAUAUAUAGCAGUCUUGAGAGCGCUGAGGAGGACGCGUAUGAUGCCGACGACGGAAGGGAAGAUGGGUGGCUCAACCUGCAUGAUAACCACAGAAUGAGGAAAAAAACAGCAGGACAAAAUUUUACAAAAAAUCAUCAGGUUAAUUAUGUACUAGGCAAUGAUGCGAAAGAAAUUGAAGAACUCAACUUUUAUACAAAAAUGAGGAACAAUGUCUACAUGGGUUACAAUCAAAGAAAUAACCUCAUGAGAUUGAAUGACCAAAAUGAAUAUAUUAACGCAAUUAGAGACGAGACUGAAUUUGUGAAUACAUAUAUUAAAUCAUCUAGUGAUGAAGAGUGCACAGGACACUUAUCGUCCAAACUGAGGCUCAACAAUUGUAGCAGGAAAGGCAGCGGCCCGAAGUUUUACCGUCAUGGUGAUUUGCGCAUGACACUAAGGAGGGGCCUCCAUAUGGCCCAACUGAUGGCGCAACGGAAAAUCAAGCGGGUGGCAAAAAAUAAAAAAAGGGUAAGAGAUGACGAUAACAUGGAUAUGUGCUGUGGUAGUAACAGGCGAGGUUGUGUAGGGGGUGCUGGAGGGAGGUUUUCACCAAAUGCGUGUUACAGAGGGCGAGCCAAAAUAGGUAUUAAAAGAAAAAGAAAAAAAAGAAAAAAAUAUCAUGGAGAUGAGAAAAAAACGCAGAUAGAGCGAUUAAGGAGGAAUAUCAAAAACUAUAAUUUACAUGUAGAGCGAUUAAAUAUAUUGAAGAAGGAAAGAAAAAAAUUUGUAAACUUUUGCAAAUUGUACAUAACACAUGUGCAUUACGAAGAAUUCAGCAAUAAGUUAGAAAAUUUCCUAGACCCAAGUGUCGAUAUCAAGUACAACAAAAUUUGGAAGCAGUUCAACAUCUUCAGCUUUAAUCUCUUUAAUGUAGAUUACAAUGACAAAAUUCUAAAGUCCUCACAUAUAUACGUGCAACCAGACAUUGUCUUUAAUAACAAAACUUAUAUUCAGUCAGACACGUCCACAUGGGCCAUUUCGUUUAAUUUUACCAAAAAUUUACUAGCCAUUGGGUCGAACACACACAAUAUAAAUAUUUACAAUUUGAACAACUUUUAUUAUUUUAGGAGAAGGUAUGACUAUGAUGAUGCUCUUAACUUUUUUAAAAAUGCUUUUGUGCACAGAAAGGUUAAGGUAAAUCGCUUGUUCGUCAACAAUGACAAGGACCCGUUUUAUUUCGAUAGCACUGAUGCGGAGGAAGAUCACUUGGGGAAAAACAGAAAAAGUAAGAAAAGGGAAAAGGAAGCGGAAAAGAAACGAAAAAGAAAGAAGAAAAAGGAUACAACGGAAGAAAAACACGAGAUAAGGGAAAACAAGAAAAAGAAUAAUCAUUUCUCGCCUCACCACCACGGUAGGGAUAAAACUUGCGAUCACAUCAUUUGUGUGGAUCAUUGUGAGGGAAGCGAAGAAUCGUCAACCUCGGUGAGCGCCAGUGAACAGGCUAACAGAAAGGGGGACAAACGUUAUCAGCCAAAUGGUUGCCACUCACCAAAAGUGAAGAAGAAGAGAAAGAAAAGGAAGGAAAAAAAAAAUAAAAACGAUUCAGUAAUUUUUCGUAAUGAAUAUAUUAACCAUAAGGACAGCACGAGCAGUGGAUUGCCCUCGUCAAACCUCUCAUGGGAGGAAGAAGUAGGACACAAAAGACACAGCAUAACGAACGGAGAAGAGGAACCCAUUCAUUUUUAUUCCAGUGAGAGUGCCCCCCUUGACAAAUGGAAAGACGAUUACUUGCUCCAUUUGCAGGACGGUGAAGACAUCAGUACAUGUGCUGCAGAUCAAGCGGCGAGGAAUAACAGUAGCCGAGAUGGACAGGACAAAGCUGAUCUACAUAUGGCAUCAAUCCCCCAAGCGAAGGAUCCCAUGAGAGGUAUCUGCCCAAUGAAGAACAAAAGUUACGUCACAAAGAUUAGCGUGAAAGACCGAUUUAAGGAGGCGAAUUUGCAUAAAGCACUUUCGUCCAUUAUGCAUAGAAGGAGCUACAUUCCGAUUGACUUGGCCCAGUUUUUCCUCAACAGAAAGGAGAAUCUAAAAAAAAUGCUUCUGACCCUAUCGUACAAUUUCCCAAGCGAUGCAAUAAUUUUGUUUUUAAAGCAAGCAUCCAUCGGGGCACAGAUUUAUCACAUGAAGUGGAACAUUCAUUGCAACAUUGCGUUGACGAUUCAUAAGAUGAAAAAAUUAUAUGCUAAAAGAUUUGGCUCUAAGUACUGCCGCAAUUUGAAGUUGUUUCACCCCCAAAUGGUCAUAAUCAACAACAAUAAGUAUUUGAAGAAUUGGUACAUUAAAUUUUUACGCAGGAGCAUGUCGAGGUAUGGCGUGAGAGGAGCGCACGUAAUCAAUAAAAUCCUGAAGAGAGGGAAAAAGCGGAAAACCAACUGGGCGAAGGGUGCCCACGGGGAGAGACGACACAAUUAUUUAGACAUCCUCAAGGGUGAACACGUGGUGGAAAGGACCCCAAACGCAGAUCUGCCAAACGGAGAGCGAUCACUUGAGGGGCCGCCCUCUCAGCACACCCCUGGAGAAGCCAUCGAUGCGGCUAAGGCUGAUUCUGGAUCGGCAAGUACAACCAGCGAGGAUGAGGUCGGUGUGCACAACAUCAUUUACAGAAAGACCAAAAGUUACAACAUGUCAAAGGUAGAAAGAAUAUAUGUGUUGUGCGAUCCACCGAGUGCCUUCCAGAAAGGGCAAAAUGGUAGAUUGCGCAACACAAACGUUGAUGUACAUGAGGAUAAUGUAAUAAAAUGCCAUAAGCACUUGUACAGCUACAAAAGGGCAAAUAAUGUUUUAAAAAAUAUUAGCAGAAGAUUCAGAAAGUUUAUCAAAGAGAGGCACAAAUUUACCUUUUCCUAUACAAAACCGCUGUUUUCAAAUGAGCAUUCCAUCUUCGUGGUUCUAGAUAAAAGGAGAAACAAGGGGGAACUACAUUGUUAUGAUCGGGUUGCAGGGAAAUAUGUGGAGGAACUAAAAAUGGUCGUGAAAAGCAUCCAGAGACACUCGGUAGCGGGGUUGUUUUUGAAGACGCACGGGGCCAUUCCCACGGGUGAAGCAACAGAAGAAAAAGCUGGCGCAUCGGUUGAAGUGAAUGGAGCAGCCGAAGCCGCAAAAUCAUUCAACGGAGAGGAAGACCCUAUGAGCGAACAACGAACAGUGGAGCAAGAAGUGAACUUUGAUUUUUACAACAAAACCAUACUAGUAGUUUGCGAGCUCAAAGACCACAAUAAUAACACGCUGGACAUUAUGCACUUGACGAACGACCCGAUCGAAAGCGGUCCGAAUUUUGUCGAGGACGAACAACCCGGAACCACAAAGGAAGAUCGUAGUAAUUAUUAUUCCCUACGGUUUGAUGAAUGUGGUGCUGUGAAGGGAAAGAAGCAGAGAAUGCAAAGAAAUGUCCAGCCCAGGAGUAGUAGCGAUGCAAGUAGCAGAAGUGGCAGUGGCAGAGGGAGUAGCCCCCUGUCCAGCAAUGCAGAAAAGACAAAAACGAAGAAAACGAAAAAAAAAAAAAAAAAAAAAGGAUGCUUAAGAAACGUUAUGGCAGGUAAAGCCCACAUGAAUGGAAUUGUAAAUUAUACCAUUGAGAUGGAACUGGAUAAUCUAUAUAGAAACAACCGACCCAAAGAGGAUAAAAAGGAAGAAAUGAAAGUGAAACGUGUCAUGAAUAAUUUGCUACUAAAUUUGAAAGCCGAAUCAGGUUCGAACUCAUCCGAGUCAGCUAACAUAUCAGAAGGUAGCAUGCACAGUAGAGGAAUAAAUUUUCCUGCAUAUAUAAAUAACAACACUAGCCAAAGUACAAACAAUUUUAACCGGUUCAUUAACGAAGGUUUUUUGUCAACAGCUCGGAGUCGUCUCCUAGGGAAUGGGUACAAUUCAGAUUUUUCAAACAAUGGUCUUCUUGUUCGUGCACUACACAAUUAUAGGAUGGUGAGGAGUAAUGUUUUGCACAACAUGAGGAAUAACAUACGAAACAAUCGACCUAAUCGUCCCAAUCGAUCCAAUCGAUCCAAUCGAAAUGGCGCUGGGAAUGUACCUGACAUGAGAGAAGACUUCAUGAAUGAAAGCACACAGAGAGUUCUAAAUAACAUGGUGAAUGCUACGCAAAAUAUAUUAAACAUUAACAACAGCAUUGGGAACAUAACCGGUAGACCUCCUCUCACCAUUCGAGGACGGAGAAGUUAUUACACGUCUAGGGCAGUCACACAACAGGCAUCUAACUUGAACAACAACGAGAACUUGAUCAAUUUAGACGGCCCAUCUGCGGUCGAUUCAGCUGCCUCUGUAGCACGCCCAAAUGAGGAUAGUGAAUCUGAGGAAAGACCCGAUUUGGAAGAUUCACAAUUGGAUAACCAAACAUCCGGGGAAAGUAUGCAUUUGCCAAGAGUGGGCAUAGAGGACACAAGAACAGAAGGAAGGGGAACACCAAUUAACUCGUACGCAAGUAUAAUAAUUAGAAACCUGUUGGCAUCCAACCCAGAUAGAAUUGAAGCAAUCCAGGAUGGUUGGAGGUUCAGAAUAAACACAAGCAGUCUCGAUAAUAUAUAUUUAAUAUCUAGAGCAAGUGCAAAUACAAAUACAAAUAAUAGCACUUCUUCUGUAGAUAAUAACGCGGAUAGUAGAAACUCUCGCAAUUCGAGGGAUGGCCGACAACAAAAUGAACACCUUUUCCUCAACGUGCUAUACAAUAACAUUUUAAAUAUGAGGGAGUCGAACCGGAACAACUCUUCCUCACUGGCCCCCAAUGUGGGCAACUGGACUUCAAACGUAAUGAAUAAUUCGCAAAAUAACAGUCGCAAUUUAAAUCAAGAGUAUAAUUCCAGGAGAAAUUUGCGAAACACUUUUUUUAAUGAGCUAGAUUCCUUUACCGGGAAAAUAUCCCCCAUGAUGUUAGACCUAAUGAACAACAAAAACUCGGAAAAUGUGAAAAUGGAGGGAGAACAAGGAACCAUGCAGUGCUGUAUGCGUUUCAGAGAAAUCCCUUUUGGCUUGAAAUCUGCCUCCAUGAAUGAUAAAUAUGAUGCCAUUGUUCGGUACGUAUAUACGCUUCCCCAAAGUGCUGAUGAAAUAAUGUUGACUCAUGGUUCCAAGUCUGAUUCUUUUUUCGACUUUGUCAUUGUGUGUGAAGGUGUGUGUGAGAAGAACGAGAGGGUAGAUCGCGGGAACCGUGCGAAGGAAGCACCUGACGAGGAGGGCAGACCGGCGUGGGACAUGGAUGAUUCGCAGGAAGUAGCUCUUAAUAUGGGGGACGCAGUGGCAGCCGUGGCAGCAGCGGAAUCAGAUCGACUGCAUGGGAUGUUAGGGGAAGAAGGAACGGACGAAGAGACGGAUCAAAUGACGGAAGAGCAGGACGAAGAGUACGCAGAUGAAGAGGAGGAAGACGAGGAGGAAGAUGAUGAAGAAGAGGGAGAAGCGGACGAAUCAGAGGACGAAAUCAUCGAAGAACCUACGGGUGACGUGGCGAAUGACCAAAUAGACCAUCACGGCAACGCGGACGAUUCCGCAAUGGAGGAGCCACUGGGAGAAAGCCGCAGCAGCGGUUCACAUAAAACUAACCCUUCACAAUGGUCGAUCGUGAAAGACAGUUUGAGAAAAGAUAGCGUUACGGGUGAUGUUCGUCCCGGAGGUAUGGCAUUGGAAUGCGCGGAGAGAGAUAGUCCGAGGAGGGAAGCAGAAGAAUAUUCCAAAAAAGUGUCCCACAGCAGCGAUAACAACGUAACAGAUAUGAAACCAAAUCUGAGUUCUGCUUCCACAUUAGACAUGGAAGAUUCAUCGUACGAGUCAUAUUAUUCUUCGUGCAGCAACACCACCAGCGAUUUUAGCAACAUAUCGGAAUGCCUAGUGGAUGAAUGUUCGGAAUGCGAAAACUUAGACCUGUGCUUUGAGGGAAGCAACAUAAUCAAUUUCAACUCAGCUUAUCGAUUCUUGAAGUAUGAGGGUUCCAAGCUAUACAUAAAUAAUUGCAGCGUCAGCAUAAAGAAGAAUAGGGACAGUCGUCUGUCCAAAUAUUGUUUAAAGCGGAAGGUUGCUCAUCCAACAAAGGAGAGCUGUUACCAGGGCGGUAACGGACACAAUGAGUGCACACAAAUUGUUGCACUAGGCGUCAACGAUUUUGAAAAUAGUUCAACGCAUCUUAACAAGGAGAAAGGGCCGAUACGGGAUGAAGAGGAGUACGAGCCAUUGUGGAUGACGAACUGGGACAAAGACACCCCAAAGUGGAAGGAAAAACCAUGUAAGGACAAAGUUAUCAUUACAUCUAAGUGGUUACAUAAAGUUCUGUUGCAACAAAAUUGCUACCUGAAUGAGGAGAAGAGGAACAAGUUGGAGAUGGUUUUGAAGGGACAGAGAAUGAUGGAAGAUGAACAGAACAGGGGAGAAAAGGAUCAAACCUCUGAACAAACAAACAAAGGAACACACAAGAAAAAAAAAAAAAAAAAGCACGUCAAGCAGGAUAAACCCAUCAAAAAACAAAUCGAAUAUUUGAAUGUGCUGAGAAGAGACGAAAAUAACGAAUCAGACAAAAGUAAUGCACUUAAAAAGGACCGUUUCUUUAACACAUUUUUAAAAUAUUACUACUCCACUAUCAAGGAAGACAAAGGGGAGAGAAAAAAAAAAAGAAAAAACAUCUACACAGGGGAUGGCAGCAAAAUGAAGAAGAAAUAUUAUGAUUAUAAUGUCAGCGCACUUGUACAAUACAAAGCAGAACAAGUAAGAAACAGUCUUUACAAUGAUAAAAAUGCUAAUUAUAUGUUUAAAUAUUUGCCUAAAAAUAUGAUUACGAGAAAAUUUUGCAAUAAGGUAAGAAUGAGUCCCUCCUAUGACGAAUCAAAUCGAAUGAGCGAAGUUCUCUGGACCUUUUCAAAUGUGACAUUCUAUUCAGCGGACUGGUAUGACAUUAUGUAUAAAUUAUUUUUCGAAUUAUCCUCUAGAUUUUACGAAAUUAUUGUAAAGCACCACAAGCAUAAUAUCCCAUGUGUGAAAUUUUCUCCAGACGACAACUUCCUUUUAUCCUGCUCGGUGGACAGAUCCCUGGUUCUUUGGAACCCGUUCAAUGUGAAGAAUUAUGACUUGGAUAGGAACUACAACAUCUAUGACCAUGUGUUUCCGCCGAGGGAGGAUAGGAAAAGCAGGGAGCGACACAGAAAUGUGAGCGUGGUGCGCGAGAAGGAAAGGAGAAAGUUGAAAAAGCAGAAGAGUCACCAUCGGAUGUCAUUCAGCCUCUUGGUCAAUGAAACAGUCCAAAUAAACUACGGAGGGAAAAGAAGUGCCUUUGAAAAAGUAUUUCAUGAGAGCAAAAUAUACAAAUCGAUUAGGGAAAAGGAACUAUUAUCAAACAUGAAAAAAAAUAACAUUCUGUGCAAACAGGAAAUGAAACAUAUGGGAUGGAGUGGUGACUUCCUGUUGAAGAAGAAUAUUCCGAAAUGUGAUAUUCUUACGGACCUAUUUUACAAAGAAAAUUUUUUCAUAGGACAGAGACCUAGUUUUAACUAUUGUCUUUAUUUCCCCGCUGGCAAUGUAGCUAUGGAUAAUUUCUGCCCCUUUUUUCAAAAAUAUUCUUUUUUCCAAUUAUUCAGUUGUUCCUUUUUCAGUGCGAAGGGGAAUAUACAAGGGGGCAAUCUACACUCCCUACGUUCUUACCUAUACAAAAGAAAUAUGAAAAGAACGGAAUAUGUCCAACCAAAUAAUAUCCAAACCAUUUUCAACAUCAUGACUGACAAGAAUGUUAAAGCAGCUUCUUUCUCUAAAAAAAAAAUGAAGCAAAUAUAUUCGACCAUGAAAUAUGUAUGUAAGAAUUUGCUAAAAUCGUAUAUCGUUGUUUAUCCGUUGAAAUAUGAGGAGAGAAUAUGCGACCUGGAAAGUGUGAAAUUGACGAGGCAGCGUUUAACACGGGAUGUGUGUGUUUUGACAGACUAUGAAUACGGUCAUUAUGCCAACAUGGUCACCUCUACGUGGAAUGACGCACGUGCAACGCCAGGGUGGACGGAGGAUUUCUGUAUUAAGUCAUCUCGUACAAAGAAAGACAAAACAAAGAAAAAAUAUUACACUCGUAGAGAAAACAAAAGAAAGAAUAAAAAACAGAAAGGAAAAUCAUCGCUCAUUGAAUCCGAAUCGAACAACGAAUCGGAUGACAGCUGGGAAACGGAUGUACAUUCUUCCUCGUCCUGUGUAGAACCAGACAAAAAGAACUGGAAGUGCGCAAAGGCAAGUGAUUACAAUACGGAGGAGGGAAGCGACGACUACGACGAGGAUGAUGAAGAUGAUGAUGAGCUCGAUGCAGAUUACCAAAAAAGGAAGAAACAUGAAAAAUCGUUGUUUUAUAAAUACAUACGUGGUAUAAGGAACGAUUUUAGCUUGCACUUUUUAUCGGGAAAAAGAAAAAACUAUGAAGAGAAUCCAAAGAAAUGGAUUCCACUUUUUGAAAAGCUAAUUCAUCAGUACGCAGAUUUGAAGUUCUGCAAAAGUAUGUACCGACACGUCACAUGUAAGGUGCUAUCUGACUGCAUCGCCAAGUUCGAGGCGUCCAAGCCUAAGCUGUAUUUCAACUUUCACAUCACAGCAAAUUAUCAGGAGUCGAAAAUUCUGAGCGAACUUUUGCAGAACUACGCUGUCUACUUCGGAUCCGUGGGAGCAGGAAGUGGCACCAGUGUAGAAAUGAAUCAACAAUUCCAGUCCUACUUAACGCUUAUCAAGAGGACGGGUAGGCUAGGCGGAGGUAGCGGGAACAAGCAGGGUGAGACGGAGGAGGAAUCCCCAGAAAUGCACUCCAAGAAUGUGGGAUAUACAAUUAUACUGAAAAACAACAUUUCGAAUUUCCACAAUGUGAUAAAUAACAUAGUGAACAUUUCGCAUAGCAAUAGGAUUAUCAACCAUCACAAGUACUUUCGCGAAAAUAAUAUGUACCAGAAGCACACAAGGGAGGCGGGGAUGGCGGAUCAUACAGAGAAACGAAGCGGGAACACGAAGCAUGACUCGAAGAAAAGCCUCCUUGAAAAUUUGUUCGACGACUUAGAAAAUGAAAGCACCGAUUUCUGCUCCUCCGAUUCGCUCAACUCUGAUGCAAAUUGUGGAAAAGGGAAAAGGGGGAAAAUGAGCAAACUUAAGAUGAAGAGAAAUGAACGAGACGGCAAACGAAAUGGUUCCACACCGAGGAGGAAGGACCUGGAGGAUGUGCUCAGGAGGGAAGACAAAGUGUACAACAUAUGCUUCCUGAAUGCAAGAAAUGACAACUACAAGAUUAAAUAUUUUGAAAAUAUAAACGUUUUGCAGAAUAUGUACAGAUACUGUGGGAAGGGGUUACUCGUGGUGAACGUAAAGUACGUGACGGAUGAGGACCCGGAAGAUGUAAGCUACACCGGGGGAAGCAGUCCAAUGGGAGAUGACCCAAAUAAACGCGGGAGCGUCAUAUUCCAGACGGACAUACACAUUUGCAGUGAGAAGAAGACAAAAAAGAGGAACAAAAACGAAAUUGAAAAAAAAGUACAUUACAAGAAGGCAAAAACGAUUAUUUUUAUUAUACGAGUGAAUUUACAUGAGCUGAGAAAUUACCAAAGGAGGAAAAUAAUUUUCGAAGAAAAAUAUGUUAAGAGUACAUUUUACAUUAACCUCAAGGUGAUGAAAUUAUUUUACCAAAUAGCUUUAAAAAAUUGUAAAUUAUUACACAAAACGGAACAUGAGGAACAUGAUGAAAAAGUGAAUGCAGAGAAAAAAAAAAUUUUGAAAUCAUUUUAUGUGAAGGAAAGGUACUCCUUCCUUGUCUACUUGACAAAAAACCUAUUUCAGAGAAGAAAAAAAUAUCCUUUAACCCCAAGGCGUAUAUGCAAAUACAUUGUGUGGAUAAGAAAUAUCAUUUUGGACACACGCUUGUUUGACCAUUAUGAAAAUUGUAAUAGUGAUUUGCCACAAGUACAAUCAGAUUAUCGUUUUCUGUACUCCCUGAAUUUAGACCUUCCAAAAAAAACAACUUUAUUCAAGCUCUUUUUCCUGCUGUUGCCAAAAAGAAAAAGAGACAUGAUUAUGCUGAACAUAUCCAUGUUAAGAUUUUUGUACUCUCAUUUGAGCAGGGACUGGAAGAAAAGAGGCAUACAUUUCACCUAUGGUGAGAAGAGGGUAAGAAAGGAAGAACAAAAGAAGAAGAAAAACAAAACCUGCUCUUGUGUGAAAAAACCUCAAGCAACAUUUAAUUCAGUAGUUGAUAGGGAAGAAAAAAAACAACUCAGUAAGUACAUAAUAUUAUCUGCAGAUAAACAUAAGCUAUAUUUGUCAAAAAUUAAGUUUACAAAAAUUACCAAGAAUUUUUUCACCACCAGAUUUGUGCGCAUACUUGAAUUAAACAAACCAGUCGAACCGAAAUUGCCCGCCGCAUACAAAUCGUCUCGCAUUAAUUUAUUGAAAAUCAUAUAUGACAAAUCGUGUAUAGUGCUGGCCAACCAGUACAGCAAUCUCAUUUUUGUCUACUUUGCGCACAAGUGUGUUUACACAAAUUCAUACUUCCUCAUCCCCUACUUCACCAUUCCGCUGUAUACAGAGCGAAUAGGAAGAGCACUUAUUCCGAAUUUCAGCAAGGACGUCUGCAUCGGAGACAGGAAACGUCUUGUGAACAACAUAAAUUACAACUUUCGAAAAAUCUUGGCCGACAAUUACAAGGAUAUGGACGAGGAGCUGAACUUUUUCAUCGCGGGCUUAGAUGUCAUAUACCUAAAAGGAAAAAAGAACGAUUUCGAGUUAAACGUCUUUGCAAUUUUGCUCAACAAUAUUUUGUUUUGUUACAAAUUGAAUUUCCAGUAUUAUUAA